CCACAGCCUCUAUAAAUAGGGAUUUAGGGUUUGCAGAGAACACAAUUAAUCAAUUUUCAUUAUGGAUGCAAAACAUCAAAAGUAUCUAUGGUCAGUGAAUCGAACAAAGCAAAUUAUCAUUAAAGAUGAGACUUCAAAGGGAGAUAUGAUUCAAUGGGGUUCAUUACUGAAAUCCUUGUUACUACCCAGCUUUGAAAGUUGUUUUACCCUAAUGGUUGAUCCUAAUGAUACAAUAGGUGCAGUUAAAGCGUACAUUCAAGAGGAAAAAAGGAUUUCUUUUAAGAAACAAAAGCUGAUUUUGAGCCAUAACGGAGGAGAUUUGAGUGAUGAUCAAACUCUUGAUUCUUUAGGAAUCAAGAAAGAUUCUACUUUGAUCCUGCAAUAUGCACCAAUGCUAAUAAUGGAAAUAUCUAGUGUGAAAAUGCUUAUGUUGUCCUUUAUUGUCAAAGAUCCAUGGUCACUAAGUCGAACAAUGCAAAUCAUUAUCCAUGAUGACCUUUACAAAGACGUGAUUAAAUUCCGUUCAGUAUCAAAAUCCAAGUUAUCGAAAUUUGGACUUGAGGAGGACACUAUUAAAGAUUGUCGUAAUUCUUAUACCCUAAUGAUUGAUCCAUAUGAUACGUAG